UGAGAUCUCCUGCGCCUUACAAUGAUAGUUAAGUCAUGGGAGAGAAUCAUAUGAGUUUCUCUGUCACUCUGGUAUUUUUGAAUGAAAAUGAUAUUGAGCAAAAUCUGCUGGAUUCUACAGACAGUCAACAUCAGAAACAUACACUUCAUGUCAGCAGAGAGCUGGAUGAUCCUUCGUUCAUCAUUAAUGACGGUGAUGGGGUUUGUGUUCUUAAAUUCUCAAUCACAUGGGAGACAGAGUGCUGUCGUGUGGCCACCCGCUCAUUUCUAGUAACAUUGGGCUGUUUCAGUAUACUUCUUUGCUUCACAACUCAGUCAGAAUUUCAGAACUUCUACAGAAGGCUAAGGUCAUGGAACCACCUCAGAAGAAACCAGUCUGUGUUUCACCAGAGAACAGAAGAUUCAUCCGCACUAGAGUACUUCCAGUUCUAUAGUUGUCUGUCACAACAGCAAAACAAGCUACAGGAUUAUCACCGAAUUGCAACAUACCAAAAAGCCAUUUUGCUCAAUGAUGUUGACUUCAAAGAUAAAGUGGUUCUAGAUGUGGCAUGUGGAACAGGAAUAUUGUCUUUCUUUGCUGUCCAAGCUGGAGCUAGGAGAGUAUACGCGGUGGAGGCCAGUUCUGUGGCAAAAUAUGCAGAAAUUCUGGUAAAAAGCAACAACUUGUCUGACAGGAUUACCAUUUUGUCAGGGAAGAUUGAGGAGGUUUCCUGCCCUGAGGAUGUGGAUAUCAUCAUCUCAGAGCCCAUAGGAUACAUGCUUCUAAACGAAAGGAUGUUAGAGAGCUAUCUACAUGCCAAAACCUGGUUGAAACCUAAAGGAAUGAUGUUCCCAACCAACAGUGACAUCCACUUUGCGCCUUUCACUGAUGAACAACUUUACAUGGAACACCAUGCCCGCUCCAGCUUCUGGACCCAGAGCAGUUUCUAUGGUGUGAAUUUGGGUGGACUUCAUUCAUUUGCUGCGGACGAGUUCUUCAGGCAGCCAAUAGUUGACACGUUUGAUGGACAUAUUCUCAUGGCUAGAUCUGUGAAGUACAGUAUCAGAUUUCUGGAGGCAAAAGAGGAAGAUUUACAUCGGAUUGAAAUUCCUUUUGUCUUUAAAAUGCUACAGACGGGAUUGAUUCAUGGGCUUGCAUUCUGGUUUGAUGUGGCAUUUGUUGGCUCAAGGACAACAGUAUGGCUGUCCACUUCUCCCAAUGAACCUCUGACUCACUGGUAUCAGGUGCGAUGUCUUCUCCAGACACCUCUUUUUGCCAAAAUGGGACAGACAUUAUCUGGACAUGUCCAGCUAAUAGCUAACAAAAGACAGAGCUAUGACAUUCAUAUAACCGCUGUGGUUGAUCAGUCUGGAUUUAAAUCUGGGAACACACUGGAUUUGAAAAAUCUUUUUUUCCGGUAUGCCUGAAUCAUGCCUGAGGAGUAUCACUCCAAUUAUGGGACACCAGAAAAACAUUCUUUAUUAUUUACAUGUAUUAUUGUCUACUUCUGAAAGCUGUUACUACUUAUCGGUGUAGAAAUGCAAUCUAACGUUGUUGAAAGUGGAAAUAGACUUAUUAUUACAGAAAACAGAUCCAACCCCUUUCUCGGAUAACAUUUACAGUUUUUGAGCUCGACCUAUCACACAUAGAAUUGGGGGGUAUCAAAGCCAGUAAAAGACAGCAUUGGUCAGUCAAAUUUUCACAUAUCAAAUUAAGGCCAUUAAUCGAAUCAGUGUUGAUAUGUCAGGGAGGUGGACAUGCACAAACAUCCAUUUUAAAGUUCUUUUACUUUCCAGUGUACCACAGCAUUACUGUAUGCUUUGUUUUGCUAACCUUGCAACUCCGCCUGUGUACCACCAUAUUCUUAAGAGUUCUUACAGAAUACUCUUCAACAAUUUAUUUGAGACUAAAAUGGUCCAUUUUAUAUGAUCAUACAUGUGUUCCUGUAGCAGAUAUACAUGUAUGGCUAAACAUAUUUGUCUCUAUGUUUAUGCAUUUGCUCCUUCGCUAGCCCUUUUAAAUAAUUUUAAGGUAAUAUCUUACUCUUUUUAUGUUCAAUGUCUUUAUUUUGGUUGUUUUUGUACAGCUGCUUUGAUUCAAUUGACUUGACUUGUUUUGACAGAACUAUCAAAGUAUCGUGUUUGCAUUAAGUCUCCUUAAAUAAAAGCUUCUUCUCCAAAA